GCCCUACCUUUCUAGCGCAGCUCCAUCCGUACCCGCAAACCACACCGUCAAACCAGAUGUUUGCGGACGACUUGCGUACCUAGCAAGGUACCUGCAGGAACAACUGUUCUUUCGUUUCGCAUUCAAACGAGGAUAUAUUCCCAAAAAUUACUUACCGAGCGACGAGUGACACCAACUUCGAGUCCGAGACGAUGCAUCUCUCCAAAACCAUGCUCAGCCUCCCGCCCUCCCUCCUCGUCCUCCUCGCCGCGGCGACCCAAUCGCUCGCGCAGAACCACCCGACGGCAAUCCGCAAGAUGUCUCUCGAUGAAGGCGAGAAGAUCUUCCCGGAGUACUACGCCUUCGGCCCCGCGCCGGCGCCACCAGCGCUCGACUCCGAUCCAGCCUUCCUCCCCUCCGGCAACGGCUCCGCCGCCGCCGCCGCCGUGCCCUUCCUACCCCCGUACCCGCGACACCUGGACUACCGCUACCAUGCGGAACCCCGACUGCCGAGAGACGAGAGGAUAGGCGAGGAUGGGGUAGACUACAACCAAGGCGCGGGCCUGUUGUACCGUCGGGCCCGCGACGUCCUGGCGAAGCUGCAGGGCCGGCAGUUCGCGUGCCCGUCCGACACGCACAGCUGCGCGAACAUCGCGCAGCCGAACUACUGCUGCGCCUCGGGCACCACGUGCUUCGUCGUCACGAACGCGCCUGAGUCCGGAAACGUGGGGUGCUGCCCCGUGGGCCAGAACUGCGGCGUGACGGUCGGCGCGUGCGCGAGCGGCGCCACGGCGUGUCCGGCGAAUGUCGGCGGCGGGUGCUGUAUCGCCGGGUUCGUGUGUGCCGAGGUUGGAUGCGUAGCAAGUGCCGUCUCCGUAAUAACCUCCAGCAACCACGCCUCCACAAGCACACCCUCCAUCUCCUCCAUGUCGCCCACCACGCAAAUCGUAACCACAACCGCCACCGCCACCGCCACCGUGCCAACCACCAUAACCGCAUCCGGCGGCGUCCCCGCCUACCGCCCCACCUCUGGUUCCUCGGCCCUUAUCUCCGCUCCUUCCGAGUCUACCGCGGACUCCACAUCCUACUGCCCAACAGGCUUCUACGCGUGCCUAGCCCGCGCGGGAGGCGGGUGCUGCCGCACGGGCCGCGACUGCAGCACGACGUCGUGUCCGGCGCCGGCGCCGAGCAGCACCAUCGUCAACGCGAACGGGGCCACCGUCGUAGUCCCUCUAUCCGACGCACAAGCUGCCACUGCCACCGCAACUCCAACGCCGACGUGUGCCGCGGGCUGGUUCAUGUGCGGCGAGGACGCGGGGCCGACGCCUGGGUGCUGUCCUGAUGGGUACGGGUGCGGGACCGCGAGUUGUACGCUGAGCGCGAGUACGGCGACGGCGACGGUUAUGAAGCAUUUGCCUAGCGCGGGGGCCGGGGCCGGGUUUGGCGCGCAGGUAUGGGUUAAUGCGGGUUUUGUGGCGGGUGUGUUUGUUUUGGGGCUUGCUUGAGUUAAGUGAGGAGGCGGCUGAAUCGCUGGUUGUCCGUGGGUAAA